AUGGAUUGUAGUAGCGGUUAUUUGAGCGGCCUUGCGUUUGGAUCGCGUCGGAAGGAUCCUAGAGAUUGCCGAGAUGGUGAUGCUUCAAGCGAUACGAGCCAAUCAGCAAGUGACACGCCAUAUGGACGUGAAAGAGUGGGUGACAGUGCGGCAUGUGGUGCUGCUGCAGACACCACCACGCCCCAUGGAACCGCUACAGAUGCCAUGCCGGUUGUAGCAGUGGAAGAGAGCAGCGUCUCGACUGCUCUUGGCACAGCCUCGUAUGUGACUGCCACGUGUCGUGUCUCCAUUGAUGGACCCGCAGUAUCAGCAUCAUCAAGAGAAACAGCAUCAAAAGAAGCAGAAGCAGAAGCAGCGGCGGCGGCGGCGGCGGCGGCGGCAGUGAGAGAGGUUGCUGCAAGGCUGGGCGGCUCGCCAUCUGUGGUGGUGGCGUUUGUUUCUGGGGGAGGUGCAUCUGAGGCAGGUGCACCCGCAACAGGCAUUGUGCUGGAAGCGCUGGGGCGAGAGGUGGAGAGAGCUUGGGGAAGGGGCGGAGGAGAGGGGAGUGCGGGAAGGGAGGAUAUUCCCUUCUUCGGGUGUGCGGUUGGUGGCGGCAUGGAGUGUGGGCCAUGGGGCGGCGAAGGGGAGAUAAUGGGGGAGACGCACACAGGGGGAGAUCGUAGCCAUUCGCAUGGCCUUGGGAACCACGGCAGGGAUGUUGCUGAUGGUGACUGUGACGGUGAGAGUGAGGGAGAGGCAUUGGAGUGGGAGGAGGUGGUGAUGGCGGCGGCAGCGGACGAGGUGAUAGAAGGCGUGGUGCUGCUGGAACUGAUUGAAGACGCUGACCACAUCAUCCGCGAGAUGGCUGCUUUCGCCCCGCACGAGGAGAGGAGGCAGCAGGGCGAGGAGGACACGCAGGAGAAGCACGAGGCGGGGGAGGUGACAGGGGAGCUGAACUGUGGCCAGUUCAAUUCCACGGCCUCCCCUGCGACCGCCUCCUCUCUUCUCUCCGCUCCUCCUUUCACAGAACCCUCUAACUCGUUUGCUGAGUCUAUCCGGGCAAUCACAGAGGGGCAUGUGGCACAGGCAGAGGGCGCGGUUACCCAGCGCCUGGAGGCAGCUUCCAGAAGGUUUCUGGGGCUUGCAGAGGGCCUCCAGACGCGUUUAGAGGCGCCUCAGUACAAGCUGGAGGGCCUUGCGGACUCCAUUCAGGAGCGUAUGUGGCCAAGUAAUGGAACUGUGCAAGGAAACGAGUUGCUGAGGGCAAAAGCAUCUGUUUUCUCGAGAGGGGAUGGUGUGACAGAGAGGCUGGAGGGGAGGGGAGAGGAAGAGCGGGAGGUGGUGGUGGUGGUGUGUGCUGCUGCCAUGCCUGGUGUGGACGUGCAGGCCUUUGAGGCUGAGGAAGACUCGUUUCCGGAUCUGGGCGGCAAUAUGGCGCACAUGGUGACAAGCAACGCCGCCCAUUUUGUGCUUGCAGGGACGGGAGGCCCCUCACUGCCCAGGCUCCUGGCCCGCCUGCACAUCAUCUUCCCCCACUCCUCCAGGUCAUCGCUGCUCGCCCACAACCACUCUGUCCACAUGCACCGCACCUGCUCGCCCUCGCCCCCACACGACUCCACUGCCGGCCUCUGCUUCUCCCUCAGCCCCUCUGCGGAGCAGCAGAGCAGUGCCCUGCAAUCGUGCUUCACUCACUUCAUCCGCCACCUCACCCUCCCCCUCCCCCCUGCCACGAGCCUCCAUGCCUCCUCACCUCCCUCCCCCACCACUGCAUCUGCUGCUCCGAGCAUUGAUAUGUCUGCAAGGGGAAUUGCACCGGCUGCCCCCUGGCUUCGUGUUAAAACCCUCUGCUUGUCGAUAAGAGCAGCAGCGUCGAGCGCGGAGGGCGGAAGCAGCGGCGUGUCCGUCGCAGAGGCAACACCCACGAAAGGAGCAUCUGAGCCGUCCGUUUCGGCCGAGUCUGGCGGAGCAGGAUCGAGCGAGGGGAAAGCUGCUGUGAGGAAGCGUCUCGUUUCAGGCGUCCAGCCGACGGGAAGCAUUCAUUUGGGAAACUACUUGGGAGCAAUCAAGAACUGGAUCCCGCUGCAGGACGAGUGUGACACUUUCCUCUUCGUGGUCGACCUGCACGCAAUCACCCUACCCCAUGACGUGGACGACCUAUCACGCUCAUCGCGCACAGCAGCAGCUAUGUACCUGGCGUGCGGGGUGGACCCAUCCAAGGCCACCGUGUUUGUGCAGUCACACGUGCGAGCACACGCGGAGCUGACGUGGCUGCUGUCAUGCACCACGCCCAUGUCGUGGCUCAACAAGAUGAUUCAGUUCAAGGAGAAAGCACGCAAGGCGGGCGAGGACGUGGGAACAGGGCUGCUCACCUACCCGCUCCUCAUGGCGGCAGACAUUCUCCUCUACCAGUGCGAUGUGGUGCCAGUGGGCGAGGACCAGAGGCAGCAUCUGGAGCUCACCAGGGACGUGGCAGCGCGGGUCAACAACCUCUACGGCGGCCGCAAGUGGAAGAAGCGCGGAGGGCGGGGCGGCAGGGUGUUCAAGGUGCCAGAGGCCAUGAUCCCCCCUGCUGGUGCUCGCAUCAUGUCCCUCACUGACGGCACUUCCAAGAUGUCCAAGUCGGCCCCAUCUGACAUGUCCCGAAUCAACCUGCUCGACCCCCCAGAAGUGAUAGCCAAUAAGAUCAAGCGCUGCAAGACUGACAGCUUCACAGGCAUGGAGUUUGGCAAUCCGGAGCGCCCCGAGUGCCAGAACCUGCUGUCCAUCUAUCAGAUCGUCACCGGGAGAACCAAGGAGGAGGUGGAACAGGAGGUGGCGGCGCUGAGCUGGGGGCAGUUCAAGCCGCUGCUAGCAGACGCCCUUGUCGCUCACCUCGAGCCAAUCCAGAAACGGUACGAGGAGGUGACAGCAGAUGCAGCAUAUCUGGAUGAGGUGCUGGCAGGGGGAGCAGCAUGGGCCAAUGAGAUUGCUGACCGCACACUAAGGGACACGUAUGACGCAUUGGGAUUUUUGGCCCCUCCACGUAGAUAA